AGAUCUCCAUCGAUUCACUCAUCUUCUGCUCUCUCUCUCUCUCUCUCUCUGUGUGCGAAACCUCCCCCCUGCUCGCUCCUUCGCUCUCCUCGAGCUUGCAGAGGGAGAGCGCGGCGGCGCGGCGGCGGCCCGGAGCAUACCGGAUGGGAGCGUGAGAUCGGAGCGCAUCGGGCUACGUCCGGCCUCUCGUCUCCUGCUGAAAUCCACGUCUCCGGCGGAGUGGAGUUGCAGUUCGUUCCGGAUUUCGCUGCUGGUGUUCGUCCGCGCGAGAAGGCGGCGAGCUGAUUCGACUUUUGCGGAAUCCGUCGAGAUUGGGAAUUGAGCUUCCGCUUCUUCUUCUUGUUCUUGUUCUUCUUUUGCCUCUCUCUCUCUUUCUCUCUCUCUCUCUCUCUCUCUCUCUCUCUACCUAGUAAUCGGCUUUCUAGAGAGGAAGUUUGCGAGGAUCGGGUUGGAUUCCGGAGGGAGGCUCUCGCUGCCGCUUUGAGAUUGAAGCUGAGUUUCGAAUGGGCGGGAAGGAUUAUCUUGAGGAUGCGGUGGACGCGAAAGCCAAGAUCAUGAGCAAUGAUUAGUUCUCCCGGUGGAAUCUGACCAGCCGCCAUUUCCUUCUGGCAUAUUGGGCGAGAUGCGAAGCACGACAGAUGGUGGCAGGGAUAAGAAAGUGCGCAAAAUUCGCAGGCACCCGCCAUCUGGUGAGGAAGCCAGUGAUGGAGGAGGGAUUCCUUUGAAGAAAGGCCCUUGGACAGCGGCAGAAGAUGCAAUUUUGGUCGACUAUGUCACUAAGCAUGGGGAAGGAAAUUGGAAUGCGGUCCAGAAGCAUUCGGGGCUUGCCAGGUGUGGGAAAAGCUGUCGUUUGCGGUGGGCAAAUCACCUGAGACCUGAUCUGAAGAAAGGUGCAUUUUCUCCCGAGGAAGAGCGUCUUAUUAUUGAGCUCCACGCAAAAAUGGGAAACAAAUGGGCUCGAAUGGCUGCAGAGUUACCUGGACGUACAGACAAUGAGAUAAAGAACUACUGGAAUACAAGAAUUAAGCGACUGCAACGCACUGGCAUGCCUAUAUAUCCAACUGAGGUUUGUCUGCAAGUGUCAAGUGAGAAUCAAGAAACUCAUAACAUGGGUAACUUGCAUACUGCAGGCGAAGAUAAUUGUGAUCUCUCACAGGCAGAUCCACUCGAGAUCCCAGAGGUGGAUUUUAGAAAACUGGAACUGCAUCUUGGUUUCUCUUCUUUUUGGUCUACACUUCUGGACGUUCCUCCUUGUGGCUUUGGGAGAGAGGCAAUGUGUCUAUCUGAUGCUUACUGCCUUCCAUUUCCAUCAAGCCGGUCUCCUAAACGCCUUCGGGGUUCUGAGACCCCAUUUCCUGUCUUGGAUGCUGGAAGUAAUGACAGUUUCUCUUCCUUUGGUCAGUAUGCUGAUUAUUCUUCCGAGAUCACUCCCGAGUCCUUUGUGUUGUCAUCGCCAUAUGAUGUCAAUCCUGACUCGACUAACCAGUCUCUACUGGGCGAUCUCCCCGGCAGCCAUGCCUUUCUAAAUGGCAACUACCCUUCUUCUGUGCCCCAUUUGGAGGCCAUGAAGUCGGAGCUCCCUUCACUCCAAUAUACAGAAACUCAGCAAAGUAGCUGUGGUACUCCUGUGUCCCCACGGCCUUCCCUUGAGUUUAUUGAUCCUCUAAUACAGUCACCUCCAUGUGAGCACUAUCAGUCAGAUUGUCAUUCACUGCGGGGGUGUGGUCUACUGGAAGCAGUUAUCUAUGAGGCCUUCUCUAAGCAAAAGAGUUGUGCCCAGACUACAGUCGUUUCUGGCAAUGAAGCUUGCAACUCUUCUCCAGUUCAGCUCAGGACAAAGCAGGAAGUGUAUGCUGCCCCAGACUCUCCUUUAGGUGAUAAUGCCAUAUCAGUGCUCAAUCAUUGCUCUCCUGCCAGCAGAAAAUCGUUUGAAGAACCCCAAUCUGCCAACACCAUGCCUGGAUUUGACAUUAAGCCUGAGGAAGAUAGCAAAACUUUCCCUGAUUUUGAAGGAAAGCAAGAGAUCCUAGAUCAGAUGCACAUUAACGGGCCAGAUGCUUUGCUUGAUUUAGAUUGGUGCCAGGGCAAAAGUCAGCCUAGUGAAGACAAAAUUGGACGGGCAGAUUAUAUAGGAGCACUUCUUGGUACUGAUUUUUAUUGAGUCCCCGAGGAUAUGGGUGAUAGGACUGCAUGGCACUAGUAUACAACCCGACUAUGAUGUGCCUUCUCGUCAACCCUCGGGAAUAGCGAGUUUUUAGGAUCUUGGAAAUUCCGCCUCCUUUUCCGGCUUAUGGAUUUUGCAACUUCCACCUUACGUUUGGGAUUUAUGCCUUCAAGAUUUGAGUUCUCUUUUUUGAGUCCUCUGGACAAUGUCAAGUGAAUUCCUUUGAAUGCUUUAUAACUCGAGCUAAAUGUCGAUUUGUUCUUCCUGUGCUGUUGUUAUUGCUUAGUCACACCUGAAGCAAUCA